UAAGAUUACAUUAUUGCAUCCGUUGAUCGAGAAAGAGGAGCUUUUAGGUAUCAAUCUAAAUUUAAUUUGCCAAGUUGGCUCGAGAAUCAAGUGAAAUCGGCUGUGCGAGGCCCGCCAUGAGCGUACCAGGCCGCACAGACGGCAGGCCCGCACCUCGCUCCUCCGAGGCUUGGCCGGGUCCCGGUGGACUGGCCAGGCCACCGGUCCCAGCAACCGGUGUUCUGGCCGCCGCCGGGCAGCCGACCCCGGGGCUGCUCCUGCGGUCAGCCGAGCGCUACCAAAGAACCCCCAAAUGCGCCCGCUGCAGGAACCACGGGGUGGUGUCGGCGUUGAAGGGCCACAAACGCUACUGUCGAUGGCGAGACUGCGUUUGCGCUAAGUGCACGCUGAUCGCCGAGAGACAAAGGGUUAUGGCAGCUCAAGUGGCCCUGCGCCGUCAACAGGCCCAGGAGGAGAACGAGGCGCGGGAACUGAGUCUGUUGUACGGGUGCCAUGAGGGCCUCCUAGCUAUGCAUCGAGCCGGUUUCACUUUCUCGGCUGCAAUGGCUCAUAUGUUAAGUGGACGAAGGUCAUCUGGUGAUUCCACAUCAGCAGCGCCUUCCUCAACGACGCCAACAGAUUGGAAACGGGCUCGACUCUCCCCAUCAGAAUCUGCAGCCAGUCCAAAAAGUGAUACCAACCGACGAAGACCAGACACGGAAGAGACAACCACCGAUUCAGAAGCAUAUGAAGACGAGGACCGUACCCCCAAAGAACCAGAACCUUCAUCUCCUCCUCCAGAAAUUAGAAAAUCUGAAUGGACACCUCAAGAACCCCUGGAUUUGCAUCACCGAAAUGGUGUUCCCUCUCCCGAAAGAAGUCCGACACCAAAUAGUGACAUCCGAGUCUUCGAUGUGCACAAAAAGAAAUCACCCAUAGACAUAUUAGCCAGAGUCUUUCCAAGAGAGAACAGAAGUAUUCUAAAUGUGGUCUUGCAAAGGAAUGGUGGGGAUGUUCUCCAAGCCAUUGAUGAUCUUUUGAGUACUAAGGAACCUGAACCAGAAAAAACGAUUAACGAAACCUCAUCAGAGACUGCUAGUCCUAGUGCUUCACCUGUACCACGAGUACCUAGUCCACGACAACCAAAUCAUAUGGGGGAACCAGCACCAAUGUCUGGUUUUUCCAGUCCUCAUAACUUUUUUCAGUCAGGACAUUCAUCUACUUUAGGAAUGAAUACCAGUGGUUUACCUUUCAGGAGGCCAUAUUCUUCGGCUCCUGGAGCAAGAGGGCUGUUGGCAGUGCCAACUUACUCAGGUUUUUUUCCAGGAAUAACCCCGGCAUUUAAUCCCGGAUAUCCGAAUUUUUUUGGAACAACGAUAACGACCAAUGCAUCACCAGUCCCAGAUGAAAAUAAAAAGAAAUCUAGUGACUGUUGGCCUACUUGUGGUAAUCCUUCUCCCCAAGAUUUGUCAUCGCCCGAUACAAAAAGUCCGAAUGGUUUCACAGAUUAAUUGUUUUUUCGUGAACUCAAAAAUAUAAAACAUUAUGUUUUCAAUGUAUAUAUAUGGUAUGGCUCUGUUCUCCUUACCAGAAAAAUAAAAUAAUUCCUUAUUUUAUUAAAUUACUUUUGUUCAAUUUCUAAUCAUAUCAAAAUCAUGUGCAUUUUAAAAAUUUAAUUUAAGUAUUCCUACUCAAAUGUUUCAUUUGUACAUUAUUUCAUUUCAUUUAUAUUGAAAAUCGAAACAUUUAUUUUUAUGUGUAUAGAAUUUUAA